AUGAGCGACACAGAGAAGGAUACGGACGUUCCCAUGGUGGACUCGCACGAAGCGACCGAGGAACCAGCGACAACAACCGUGACAACGCCAUCUUUCCCGCACCUGCAACAGGAACAGGCCAAAGAGGAGUCAGCCUCAUUGGGAGUGGAAGUGGCUCAUAAGAAGGUAAACUACGAGCAGGAGGCACAGAAACUUGAGGAAAAGGCUUUAAGGUUCUUGGCCAAGCAGACACAUCCGGUGAUUAUUCCCUCGUUUGCCUCUUGGUUCGAUAUUUCGAAGACCCACGAGAUUGAAAAAAGGUCCAAUCCGGACUUCUUCAACGACUCAUCGAGAUUCAAGACGCCCAAGGCGUAUAAGGACACAAGGAAUUUUAUUAUCAAUACAUAUCGUCUUUCACCAUACGAGUAUUUGACCAUUACCGCCGUGAGAAGAAAUGUAGCCAUGGACGUUGCCUCGAUAGUGAAGAUCCAUGCGUUUUUGGAAAAGUGGGGAUUAAUCAAUUACCAGAUUGACCCGAGGACCAAGCCUAGUCUUAUCGGGCCAAGUUUUACCGGCCACUUCCAAGUGGUGCUGGACACUCCGCAAGGUUUAAAGCCGUUCUUGCCAGAAAAUGUGAUCAAGCAGAAAGUUGAAGAAGAAGGCGAAGACGAGCCACACGUCAAGAAGGAGUUCCCCGUGAACCUUUCGAUUAAAAAGAAUGUUUAUGAUUCUGCGCAAGACUUCAAUGCAUUACAAGAUGAGAGUAGAAACUCGAGACAGAUCCAUAAGGUUUACAUUUGCCACACGUGUGGUAACGAAUCGAUCAACGUGCGCUACCACAAUCUGCGUGCCCGUGACACAAAUCUAUGUUCUCGCUGUUUCCAAGAGGGCCACUUCGGUGCGAAUUUCCAAUCGUCGGAUUUCAUCAGAUUGGAGAAUGGCGGAACUGCCAUCAAGAAGCACUGGUCGGACCAAGAAAUGCUUUUGUUGCUAGAGGGUAUUGAAAUGUACGAAGAUCAGUGGGAAAAGAUCGCUGACCACGUGGGUGGCCACAAGCGCGUGGAGGACUGUAUUGAGAAGUUUUUGAGUUUGCCAAUCGAAGACAGCUAUAUUCACGAGGUGGUUGGCUCGCAACUAAAUAACAAGAGCGACCACAGCAGUGGCGCGUCUGGGUCUAAACUGAUGGGGUGUGUGAACGAUGCGGUCGUUGCGUUGUUGCAAGGUAACGACAAACUGGAUAAGGUUUCUGACAAGUCUAAGGAGAUCUCGCAGAAGUACAUUCAGGAAAGUCAGGUGAUAAUUCAAGAGCUGGUGAAAUUGACCAUGGACAAACUGGAGAACAAGUUCACGAAGCUGUGUGAUCUGGAGACGCAACUGGAGCUGGAAAAGCUGAAAUACGUGAAGGAGUCCGAAAAGAUGCUAAACGACCGGUUAUCGUUGAGCAAGCAGAUCCUGGACGUGAACAAGUCGCUGGAGGAGCUGAACGUGUCGAAAAAACUGGUACUGAUCUCGGAGCAAGUAGACUCAGGCAUACAGCUGGUGGAGAAGGACCAGGAGGGCGGCCACGAAGACGGCAACACGGUCACGGGACAUGGCGUGAAGCGUGUGGGCAAAGAGGAUGAGGGCAACGAGGCGGGCGAGGGCGACUCUAUUGCCCAGCUGCAGCCCCAGGUGUACAAGCCUUGGUCGUUGUAA